CGUGCGAUCUGGUUAAAGAAUACAAAAAGUGACACUUUCAGAAAGAAAAAGCCAUGCUUGCAAAACCAGUGAUUUUCUCGGAAGUUUUAAUUAAUAUUAAAAAAGAAGUAGGUGCAUUCACGCUUACGCUUUCGUGAAAGGUUAAAUUGUGGCGAGCAUAUUCGGUAUCUACAAGCAAGCAAUUUUGAUUGACGGAAAUGGAGUUUUCUAUGACAUGAAGAAGCACCAAGAAUCCCAAAACGUUCUUUGCAAGUCAGAAGCAAAUACGAACAUGUAAGCAAGCAAAAUGUAAGAGCGAGAUGAAUUUAGCAAAGGAAGGUUUUUGUUGCUCUAAAAGGAGAGGAGAGGAGAGGCACAUCCAAAGAUAAACAAAUCAGUACAGAUAUUCCUGAGUAUGGAUCACGCGUGCUAGCUAUUGAAAAAUUCGGAUUCUUUUUCCGUUUUUUCUUCGAUGCCCAAUCACGUGCCCCAAGCGAACAAAGUUUGUUUGUCUUUUCAGUAAAAUAGAGAGAUGUAAAUCUCUACAAAAGACGGAACUUGCAUUUUGAGUAUGAGCUGGUCGGUGAAGGAGGGGGGGAGGGAGGAACUAAAAGUGAGUAUCAUGGAUGAUGUUGUGUAGGACCAGGUGGUGGUAGAUUCUGCAUCGGAGUGUCGAUGUGGCUAAAAAGGGCAACCCAAAAGGAAUACCCUGACGGUGGCAAAUUGUAGGGGAGCUAGCAGUCUCCAUAUAUAAUUGUAUUUCCUAUUCAACCUGUAUUCUUCUUUAUUCCCAAUUAUUGUCAGAGACAGGCAAGCAGCAAUCCGAAAGGCCAACCCUUUCGACUGGGCUUUCGGGUUCGGGAAAGAGAAAGAGGGAGGGCUCUCUGAUAUUUCUUUCCCAGAAUCGGUUUCCCAUUGUAGCUUCGAAGCAGAUCUGAUAAGGCUUUUGCGUGUCUUUCUUGUAUUGCAUGACAUGGGUGGUUGUCUUGGAUGCUAUACCAAGUCCCCACUAACAAAAUCAGUUGAUGCGCCAUCAAAAGGAUUGCAGAUUCAAGAUCAGAAGGUGAAGAAACCUAGCAUAUUAGAGGAUUUCUGGACCACCAGCACCUGGGAUAUGGACAACAGCGCCAUUCAGUCACAAGGAAGCAUCUCAUCAAUUAGUACAAACAACCAAGUUCUGGAUCUGCAUGGGGUUGCUGGCAGUGCUAACACCCCUUCUGAAUAUGUAAAUCAUGGUCUUCUUCUCUGGAAUCAGACUAGGCAGCGUUGGGUAGGAAAUAAAAGAUCUGAGAUCAGGGGUCAACAGGCACGAGAACCCAAAUUAAGAUUGGGAUCAUCUUCCACACGACCUUGAUUUGUGGGACACCUCUCGGAAGUGUCCAGCUAGCCAGUAGCUCAACCACUGUGGCAGGCAUUACAUAAGUUUACUCUACUCGGCUGAACACUUCAAUCCACAAGGUUCUAGCUGCCUCACAAUUUAACAAGAGAUGCUCCACUGUCUCGUUGGAUUUCUUGCACAUACAACACCAUUCUAGAAUAACGACUUGGCGCUUCCUUAAAUUAUCAGUUGUCAAAAUCUUCCCUAGGGCUACCAUCCAAGUGAAGAAGACUGCUUUAGGAGGCGCCUUAUUCCUCCAAAUUUUCCUCCAAGGGAACUGAGUAUUUGGUAAUUGUGUGAGGCACUUAUAGAAGGAUUGUAUUGAGAAAGCACCCUUACCUGCAGGUGUACACCCCAACCUAUCAACUUGUUGACCAUUUGGCUCCACAAAAUAUAGUAGGUUGAAAAAAGCCUCAAAGUUGUCUACUUCCCAAUCUUACGCCGCUUUACUGAAAAUGACAUUCCACUAAACUUGGUCCCCUGAUCGAAUCAUAAGGUUCGCUACUGAAGCUUCUUGAUCACGUGCUACUUGGAAAACAGAUGGAAAAGAAUCCUUUAGAGCCUCAUCCCUGCACCAUUUGUCAUUCCAAAACUUUAUUUGAGAACCCUCACCUAGCACUAAUUUAGAAUGGCGAUUAAACACCCCUCACCCUCGCUUAAUGUGCUUCCAAACCCCCACUCCAUAAGCCCCAUUUACCUCUCUAGUACACCAACCGCCCCACAAGCUUCUAUAUUUGCAAUCAACCACCAAUUUCUAUAGGGAUUUUGGUCUAAGUUAUACCUCCAUAGCCAAUUCCCAAGUAGGGCCCAAUUGAAUGGUCUCAAAUUUUUUAUAUCCAACCCACCUGAUGAGAUUGGCCUGCACACCUUAUCCCAAUUGACUAGAUGGAAUUUGAAUUCAUCCCCCGUCCCACUCUAUAAAAAAUUGCAGUAUAGUUUUUCAAUCCAAGCCGCCACACUAGUUGGAAUUGGAAACAAAGACAAGAAAUAUGUUGGUAAGUUAGAGAGAAUACUCUUAAUGAGAGUCAAUCGGCCACCUUUUGACAAGUGCAAUCUCUUCCACUCUGCCAAUCCUUUUCCUAUCUUCUUGAUAACUGUGUCACAAAUGGAUAGAGCCCAUGAGGCAGCCCCCAAUGGCAGUCCCAAAUAUGUCAUCGGAAGAGUGGCCACCUUACACCCAAGUAUGCUGGCUAACUACCGAGUGUUGCUGACGUUGCCCACUGGCACUAAUUUUGAUUUAUCAAAAUUUACUUUCAAGCCUAAUUCUGCUUCGAAGCAUGGUAAUGGUGCCUUCAGUGCCCUCAAUUGAUUUUGAUCUGCCUCACAGAAUAAUAGUGUGUCAUUUGCAAAUAAUAAAUGAGAUAAAGUAAUAAGGCCCCGAUUGGGGUUAUCCACCGAAAAUCCAGCCAUAAACCCAUUCAUAACCACGGCCGAUAGCAUCCUACUAAGGGCCUCCAUGAUGAUAACAAAGAGAAGUGGGGACAACGAGUUUCCUUGCCUUAAUCCUUGAGAAUUACUGAAGAAACCAGUAGGGCUGCCAUUAAUCAAGACUAAGAACCUUGCCGCUGAGAUGCACCAACUGAUCUACGUUUUGCCAUCUAUCCCCAAAACCGCAUCUCCCUAACAAAUAUAGAAAGAAGUCUUAGUUUACAUGAUCGUAUGCCUUCUCCAUGUCUAAUUUACAAAUAACCCCUAGGGAACUAGACUUUAAUAUGCUAUCCAGGCCUUCAUUCGCUUUAAGGACUGAAUCUAGGAUUUGUCAACCCCGAACAAACGCAUUUUGUGGCUUCAUAAUUAUCUUACCCCAAACCUCCCCUAAUCUGUUUGCGAGCACCUUGGAGAUAACUUUGUACACCCCAUUAACGAGGCUAAUGGGCCUAAAAUCCUUAACCUCUAAUGCUCCAAUCUUCUUCGGGAUCAGCAUAAUAAAAGUAGCAACCUCAAAUGAUAGUUCUGGCAUGUUUACCUAAAAAAAAUGUAGUUUUGGUGGGUUAACCUAUAUUCAGAUUUGGUGGGUUAACCUAGUUUUGGUUGGUA